GGUAGUACACUGCCUGCCGUAGUACAGUACAGUACAGUCCAGUACAGUACACUUAGCCACACACAGCCACCGUAGCUUAUCCGUUUAUCUUAUCGCACGCGUGGUUUUGUCUUUUCGGCCAAGACAUUGCCAAUUAUGCCAGAGCUCUAUCCCCACUGAAUGUAGUUAGAGGUAAACCAGCUUCCCCAUCACCUUUCUCACUCAGAAAACAAAAUGUCCCAAAAGGAAACCCCUAGACCAACAGCCCUCAUAACCGGCUGCAGCGCUCAGGGCAUCGGCUCCGCCCUCGCCCUGGCCUUCCACGCCCGCGGCUUCCACGUCUUCGCCACGGCGCGCUCCCUCGCCAAAAUGUCCCACCUGGCCGACCUUCCGCACCUGACCCUGCUGGAGCUGGACGUCACCUCCGCGGCGCAGAUCGCCGCGGCGGUGGAGACGGUGCAGAGCCAGACUGGCGGCCGACUGAACUACCUCGUCAACAACUCGGGGGUGCCGCUGGUACGGCCGGCGGUGGAGACGGAGCUGAGCGUCGCGCAGGGGCUGUUUGAGGUGAAUUUCUGGGGGGCGGUGCGCAUGACGCAGGCGUUUGUGGGGAUGGUGAUUGCCGCCAAGGGGACGGUGGUGAAUGUGGGGAGUUUGGGGGGGAAUAUGCCGGUGGUGUGGAAUGCAUUCUACGCCUCCUCCAAAGCCGCCCUCAAAUCCUACAGCGAGACGCUCCGGUUGGAGCUUGCGCCGUUCGGGGUGCGAGUCGUGACGGUGAUGUCGGGGGUCGUCGCGACGCAGAUCUUCACCAAGCAUGCGGAGCUGAGUUUCGAGGGGUCGAUGUAUGAGCCGGCAACUGAAGGGAUCCGGAAAAUGGCGGCGGGAGAUCCCGUCCGCAAUCCGAUGGCCCCGUCGGAGUAUGCCGAGAAGGUGGUCGGGGAUUUGCUCGCGGGGAAGAAUGGGUUGAUCUGGCGCGGGAGGAUGGCGUCGAUUGGCUGGUUUUUGACGACUUGGAUGCCGCAGUGGGUUUUGGAUCGGAUGAGUACGGUGGGGAUGGGGUUGGAGAAUCUGGGGAAGUAG